UUACAUUUACUGCGCAUGCGCCAUUUUGUUAACCUCAAAAUUCAAAUUUAAAAUGAAUCAAUCGAUCUCAUCGCUGAAUUUGCCGCAAAACGUAAUUACGAAACUCGAAAACGCCGGUUUUCACCAUUGCAACGACGUCGCAGACAAUUUAGACGCGAUUAACCCGAAAAUCAAGCUCCCGGAUUGGGGGUCAGUCACGACAGCCCCGAAACCCAAAACGGCUCUCGAGCUAUGUGACGACGAAUCGGGGCUCACUGCAACCCUAAUUCCAGAACUGGAUCCACUUUUAACGAAAAUCGCGCUACCGGGGUGCAUCACCGAACUCUGUGGCUUCCCAGGGAGCGGAAAAACGCAGCUGUGUCUACAUUUAGCUGUGGGGGCGAAGUCGCGGGUUGUUUUCAUCCACACGAACAAAAACCUAAACCCUGAGAGACUAAGAGAAAUUUGUCAGAAAUGUGGCGUCGAUGCAGACGCUACUUUGGCAAGAAUUUUGUGUGUGGAGGCUCCGGAUCCCGUCACUCUAACAGCAAGCGUGGAGUUUUUGCGUUCGUGGUUGAAACAGAAUAGUGUGGGGGUGGUGUUCAUUGAUAGUAUUUCGUGGCCCUUGCGGCUGCAACCCAGUGGCGAAAAAACCAAGCUUGUGUAUACGUUGUUGCAGACUUUGCGGGCUUUGGGUAACGAGCACGGUUUCACGGUUAUUUUAACUAAUGAUUUGACCACACGGAUAGUGGCUGGGAAAGCGUACAACACGUCUUCGUUCGGAGAGUAUUUUUAUCAUUUAGUUAACAAUAGGAUUUUGUUGUCGAAAGAAGCGGAUUCGUUUAGUGCAAGUGUGUUGAAGAGCGUGAAUGGGGGCCCAGAGACGAUUAGCUUUAAAAUUUAAAUCUGGUGACUUAAAUGUCAUUUGGGGUUUUCGACGCAGCGAUUGACAGUUAACCUCAACGCUGUCAUUGCUGCCAACCUUGAUGACCCCUCUUCGUACGAAAUCGUGUUUUGAUCACUUGAAGCGCAAAUCUAAUCAAAAAUAUCACUCGAGCGCACUAUUAAUAGAUAAGUGCAUACCAGUGCCCCGGUUUUUAUGGAAGCAAAGGAGGUCACUGAAGAAUUCAUCAAAAAUGAGCUCAAUACCGAACUUGAUGCCAUCCACCCCAGGUUCCUGGAGCCCCAAGAUGCAGCUGUGAUCAGGGAAUACCAGGUUCAACACGACUAUUACUGCGACGAGUGCCGACAGUUUUUUGCCCCCACCGUGGAGGCCCUUAAAGUACACUUCAGCGGGGACAUGGUGGACCACAAACCCUACGCUUCGUGCGUUUAUUGCGAAGGAACAGUUUUUCAGUACAAAUUCAACAAUGAGAGGAAGCUCUACCACAAUUGUCGGGAUUACAGGAAAAAGGAGGCAACUGAGAGCGAUGGAGAGAAGACUGAAUGAAUUUCAGGCUGUGCACAAAUUACCUGUUACCAGAAAAUAGUUAAUAUAUUUUUGCAACUAUGAAACUAUGUAUUUUUUGAUAGAAAAAAUAUACUUUAUAAAUACAGAA